AUGGACGGAUUGUUCACCCUGCUCAGUCUGAGCAUUGUCAUGGCCGUGGCCUCCUUUCUUGCAGGAAUCCUUCCACUGUCCUUGACCCUCUCACAGCCACAAUUACGGUUCAUAUCAACAAUUGGCAUGGGCGUCCUUGUGGGUACGUCUUUGGUUGUCAUUAUCCCUGAAGGUGUCGAGACUCUCUACAGCGCUUCUGAAGUUGGACAUGCACAUUCACAGCUCAAAAGACAUGUCUCUAUGCGCGAGAUAGACAUUCGAUGGACUCAGCCUUUUGCAGCAGAGCCGCUUCACGAGAUCCUGGCGCGCCACCCGGGGGACAAUCCAAAUCCUUUCGAUGUCCCUGGCCCUGUCAUUCCAUCGGAACUGGAACCGCCACCACGUACUCCUACAAAGCCUGGCGUGGUCGGUGCAUUGGGUGGUGAGAGCAAAGGUGACGAGAAGGCCGAACCAGGGCACGAUAACGAGGAGGAGGAUGAAGAGGAGGUCCACAAGGAAUCUCACCAUGCGUGGAUUGGAGUUGCCUUGUUGGCAGGAUUUAUGCUCAUGUACCUGAUUGAUAAAGUGCCGCAGUAUAGCCAGCCAGCAAAGCAGAAGGCCAGGACGCAUCAUAUUGCGCUGAACAACUUGGGUCGCAGAUUCAACUUCACUACAUCUUUGGAUCGCAACGAUGAAGCAGACUCGUUCAUCGACUCGACCGAAGGGCGCCAUGUCCACCAGAGGAGCUUUGCAACCACCAUAGGCCUGGUCAUUCAUGCAGCAGCCGAUGGGAUAGCAUUAGGAGCGUCUUCGACCGCAACAACGUCUGGACUGAGCUUUGUGAUAUUCUUUGCCAUCAUGAUUCACAAGGCUCCGGCAGCCUUUGGGCUGACGUCGGUGCUGGUCAAGCAAGGGCUCUCUAAAAGAGCAGCUAGAGGGCAUCUUAUCCUCUUUAGUCUGGCUGCGCCUACGGGAGCUAUCCUUACAUGGUUGCUUGCUCACCUUCUUGGCGGUGGUCGAAACCAGAGCGCACAGACAACCAGGUGGUGGACGGGGAUGCUGUUGCUGUUCUCUGCAGGGACUUUCCUCUACGUGGCUAUGCAUGCAAUGCAGGAGAGCUCCGGCUCUCUCCACGAGGGGAUGAAUGGGCAUGCCAACGGCUCCAUUGACGGGCGCGAAGGCACCCAAAGUGAGCCCAGGCCGUCUUGGAAGGAUCUAGGAGCAGCUUGCUUUGGAAUGAUUCUCCCAUUGUUUUUACAGGUUGGACAUGCUCAUUGA